AUGAAUUUGGUUCGCCGUGUCUUUUCAAGCGGCUCAACGGUGCGGGCACUGCCCAUCAGCGAGUCACCUGUUCUGCUUAACUACACUCUGUCAACUUUUCGCUGGCACUUGGAUUCCCGACCAAGCAGUAAAGCCAUUUUGGUUCACGAUUUGUUUGGCUCAGCUGCUUCAUGGCAGCAAUUACUGAACGAUGACCUCAGCAGGCUGCCUUUGUCACAAUUCACUCCGACGACGCCACUGGAGUUGUACGCUGUGGAGCUGAGAGGGCACAACCAUUCUAGGGGCCUCCCGUGCCCGAAAGAUGGGGAUAAUUACACUUUGGCAUCGGCUGCUGAUGUUGUGUUGCAUCAGAAGCAAGUUCUGCGGACGGAGGCAAAGUUGGUGGGUUUGGGCUUCGGUGCUCUUGUUGCUUGCCAGGCCGCGCUUCACUCUCCCAAAUCCGGCUUUGAUUCCUUAACGCUUAUUGUGAACGAACCCUCGCAAUUGCUCUGUUGCGACCCCUCAAAUUACUCUUUGCCCUCCAUCAUUCGGGGGAUGCCGAGGGGAAUGAGAUCGCUGGGUGAAGUUGAGGAGUACCUUAAGAAAACCGUAAACAAUGCCGUUGAACGAGCGUUGAUCUUUGCCGUUGUAGAACUGCAAGAAGGUGUGCCGGGUUUUCGCUUUAGCGAUGAUCUCUUGCAUUUUCAUGGCCCAUUUAAGGGGGCUGCUGAUAUCGCGGAGGAUAUUACUUUUGAGAGGAGAGUUACAGUUGUUGUUUGUGGCAAUGAGGCGGUCCCACAGGAUGCGAGGGAACGCUUCACCAAGCAUUUUCCUCGUGCAACAUUUGUGCAAUUUCAGGGAGGCUCGAAUCCGGGGAUUACGGGUCUGUACAAGCAGGGCACCAAUUUUAUUUGUACCUUUCUUGAGGCGCUGGAAAUGCUUGGUACUGUCGAUGGGGGAGAGAAGGAGGAAAAGUAG